CAGUCUCGAUUCCAAAGCGUCGACCGUAUUCGCGCCGUUUCUCUGAGGAUCCUCUGUUCCGAGUUGUGACAAUGGUGAGAGUUAGUGUCCUAAACGAUGCUCUGAAGAGUAUGUACAAUGCUGAGAAACGGGGGAAACGUCAGGUCAUGAUUAGGCCAUCCUCAAAAGUGAUCAUUAAGUUUCUUUUGGUGAUGCAGAAACAUGGGUACAUUGGAGAGUUUGAGUAUGUUGAUGAUCACAGGGCUGGGAAAAUUGUUGUUGAGUUAAACGGAAGAUUAAAUAAAUGUGGUGUUAUUAGUCCCCGUUUUGAUGUGGGUGUCAAGGAGAUAGAACCUUGGACUGCAAGGCUACUUCCCUCAAGACAGUUUGGCUAUAUUGUCUUGACGACCUCUGCUGGUAUUAUGGAUCACGAAGAGGCUAGGAGAAAGAAUGUUGGUGGUAAAGUGUUGGGUUUCUUUUACUAGGCAUGUUUUUUGUUUUAGGAGAGCGACUCCAGUUUUGAGACUCCUGCCCACUGUAAUGACGAAGUGGUAAUCUCCUAGUGCUAUCAAGUUUAGCUGAGUUGUUUCCUGAUGAGCUUUUGUUUGUCUCGCAAUUACAAUUUCGUCCUUAUGAUUAAUCAGACAUAUGUACUUUCGUUCCUAUAAUGCCAAAAUAUGAUGACAUCCCUUUGCCCCUUUUCUUCAACCCUCCUUCUCGGGAGGGGAUUGUUUUGGGCUUCAUAUGAAUGUUGUAUCUUUCUCGUAGUUGCACCUCAAUUAUUCUUCCAUUUUUGUGAGAAAGGAUGAUUUUAUUGUUCCAAGCAUAUUCGGUAUCUAUUAUACAAGAUUUUGUAGUUCUA